AUGAUGAGCAGCAUGAGCUGUAUCUGUGUCUCUGCGAUGAAACCAUGUUGUAGAUUUCUGAUUAGUUUUAGAAGUUCCUCGCUCUUCGGGUUUUCUCCACCGACCUCGGGCAAAUUGAACAAUUCGUCGAAACUACAGUGUAGUAAGAUUGAUUCCAGAAGUAUUAGAUCUGGUAUUCAAUGCCGUCGUCGGGUUGUUCUGGAUCGGAAGGCUUUUUGUGAUUCCGAUUCCAGUAGCUGGGGAGGAGGAUCUAGGGGUUUAAGAGCUAGAGGUAGUAGAGGAAGAGGCAGGGGUGUUUUAGUCAUUCCCCGUGUAGCUUCCGAUUUUAGGAACCGCUCGACUUCUUCGUUGGGUUCUAAUGUAAAUGACAAGAGCUUCGAGAGCAUCUUUGUGAAGCCACUGGUUUUCAAGGAGCUCGGAAAAACUGAAGAGAUACCGAGAAAGGAAAGCGGUAAUGGAGGAGAAGAUGCUAAAUAUGGAAAUGUGGGUGUUAAAAGCGAAAGAGAACAUGUUAUGGAUCGGAGCGAGGCUGAGAAAGAGGCCUGGAAGCUGCUUCGUGGUGCAGUGGUGAAUUACUGCGGGCACCCUGUGGGGACGAUAGCGGCUAGUGAUCCAGGGGAUAAGCAGACUCUGAACUACGAUCAGGUGUUUAUUCGUGACUUUGUUCCUUCGGCGUAUGCGUUCUUGCUUGAUGGAGAAGGGGAGAUUGUAAGAAACUUUCUCCUUCAUACGCUGCAGUUGCAGAGUUGGGAGAAAACAGUGGACUGUCAUAGCCCUGGCCCAGGGCUAAUGCCAGCGAGUUUUAAAGUGAAGUCUGUGCCACUUGAAGGAAACGAUGGCUCGUUUGAGGAGUUUUUAGAUGCAGAUUUUGGCGAAUCAGCUAUUGGCCGUGUUAGCCCUGUUGACUCUGGCUUGUGGUGGAUCAUAUUGCUGAGAGCUUACGGGAAGCUCACCGGCGAUUACACGUUGCAAGAGAGAAUCGAUGUUCAGACAGGGAUCAAGCUGAUACUUAAGCUAUGUCUAGCUGACGGUUUUGACAUGUUCCCGACUCUUCUUGUGACUGACGGAUCAUGCAUGAUUGAUCGAAGAAUGGGCAUUCAUGGCCAUCCACUUGAAAUCCAAGCAUUGUUCUACUCAGCUCUCCGCUGUGCUAGAGAGAUGCUUACCGUGAAUGAUGGAACCAAGAACUUAGUUUCUGCCGUCAACAACCGUCUAAGCGCUUUAUCGUUCCAUAUCAGAGAGUACUAUUGGGUCGACAUCAAGAAAAUAAACGAGAUUUAUCGUUACAACACUGAGGAGUAUUCAGCAGAUGCAACCAACAAGUUCAACAUAUAUCCAGAUCAGAUCCCUUCUUGGCUCGUCGACUGGAUCCCUAAUAAAGGCGGUUACUUCAUAGGAAACCUCCAGCCUGCUCACAUGGAUUUUAGAUUCUUCACACUGGGAAACCUCUGGGCUGUUAUAUCGUCUCUGGGAAACCAAGAACAGAACGAAGGAGUCAUGACCUUGAUCGAAGAGAAAUGGGACGAUCUUGUUGCAAACAUGCCUCUCAAGAUCUGUUUUCCGGCUCUGGAGCAAGACGAAUGGCGAAUAAUCACUGGCUCUGAUCCAAAGAACACGCCUUGGUCAUAUCAUAAUGGCGGAUCCUGGCCAACUCUUCUCUGGCAGUUCACACUGGCUUGUAUUAAGAUGGGGAAGCUGGAACUGGCGAAGAAAGCAGUUGCUGUAGCGGAGAAAAGGCUCAAGGAAGAUGCGUGGCCUGAGUAUUAUGACACAAGUAGCGGGAGGUUCGUGGGGAAGCAAUCAAGGCUUUACCAGACUUGGACUAUCGCUGGUUUCUUGGCUUCUAAGAAACUCAUAGAGCAGCCUGAGAAAGCCUCACUCUUGUUCUGGCAAGAGGACUAUCAGCUGCUGGAGACCUGUGUCUGUGGCCUCAGCAAAAGCAGCGCAAGGAAGAACAAAUGUUCGCGUUUCACACCUCCCACAUCUUAG